UGUGCCCGAAACACUCAGACCUCACAGUCACGUUGAAGGAUGGCAGCAACCAGUCGCCUGGGUCGGAGCGUCGCCCUCGCCGUUCGCGGUCUACUGGAGAGCGGCUUGCGCCCACGCUGCGCCAAAGGAGCCCGCUUCGAGAAGGCGCACGCAAAAAAGAGAUUGGGUUUGCCACAUUGCAGACAGUUAAGCUCUGUCCUGAGCACCUGCCCUUUCCUGGCGUCAAGGUCAGCUGUGAUACAACAGCAGACCCGGUCCUUCCUGAACCUGGCCACCUCCCUGCUUGGUGCCAAGCGAGUAGAGUAUGCUGAAGUCCGUCAGCUCCCGUACUCUGUUGACCAGAUGUAUGAUAUUGUAGCAGAUGUGGGCAGCUAUCAGCUGUUUGUGCCCUGGUGCACCUGCUCCCGCGUCAUUUCCCACCGCAAUGAGUUCUCGCAGGCGGAACUGGAAGUGGGAUUUCCCCCUGUGGUAGAGCGCUAUCUCUCUGAGAUUAUCUCAGAGCCUCAUCAUCAGAUCCGGGCUGUGAGUAAAGAUGGGCAGCUAUUUCAGCACCUGGAGACACUGUGGCAGUUCCAGCCAGGACGUGUGGGAAAGCUGGACACCUGCACACUGAAGUUUUACGUCUCCUUUGAAUUCAAGUCAGUUCUUCAUACGCAACUGGCCAACCUCUUCUUCAAUGAGGUAGUCAAGCAGAUGGUGUCGGCCUUUGAGCAGAGGGCAGAGAAGUUGUAUGGCUCACAGACUGCAGCCCACCCAAGGAAGGCUGUUCACUGCACGUGACGGAUGGCCCUGUUUGGAUUGAAGUGUGGGUCAUCCAUCUUGACCUAAGAAAAAAUCGGGAUCUCUUCCUACCUGCCUUUUCAAGGACAUUACUUUAUUUAUACCUAUUUAACUCACAAAAAAACCCCAGAGUAAAUUAUUUUUAUUGAUUGUUAUUUUAUUGAGAAUUUUGUUCUAGGAUAAUUUAUUGGAUAUUUAAUUCUGCUGUCCUAAGUAUGACUCCUUGCUAUAAAGGAGACCUUGAGCAAUGACUGAAAAACAGCAAAUUUGUAGUUCUUUAAAAAAAAAGGUUAUAUUUUUAAAACUAGCAAGAAAACGUUUAUUUUUGUGGACAUGAGCAUUGCAAUAGUAAACAUUUCUGGAGAAGAGUGUUGAAAAACUUCUGGAAUUUUUAAAAGUUCUAUUUUUAAAAAUAACACAAGUUAUUUUUGUCUUCCAGAUUCUAAAAACUCUGGUGAUUUUAUUUUAAAUGCCAAUAAAAUUUGAAAUAUAAACUAA